UCACACACUAGCAUUCGAACAACAGUCGGAUUCUUUGUUGGCUGCAACUCUUCCACUGCGGCUGCACCCCGCCUUCCACCUCGGCCUUUGUUCCCAUCGCCGUCGCUGCAUUGGAUCCCGUUCGAUUAUUCUUAACAACAUUUCUAGCGGCAAUUGCCCGACAUGGCGCAGGCCGACGACUAUCAAGUCCUGGAGGAGCUGGGCAGCGGUAGCUUUGGAAAAGUGUACAAGGCUUACGACAAAGCCACUGGGGAGCUGGUCGCCAUCAAGCAUAUUGAUCUCGAAGAUACCAGCGAUGAACUUUCAGACAUCCAGGCUGAGAUUGCCUUACUCGGUACCUGCAAUAGCCCCUAUGUCGCCCAAUACAAGACCAGUUUCGUGAAGGGUGUCAAACUUUGGAUAGUCAUGGAGUACAUGGGUGGUGGAUCUUGUCUUGACCUGAUGAAACCUGGCGUAUUCAGUGAGGCGCAUAUAGCCAUUGUGUCGCGAGAACUCUUGCUCGGCCUGGACUACCUGCAUUCCACCGGCAAGAUUCACAGAGACAUCAAAGCUGCCAACACCUUGCUCACAGAUGGCGGAAAGGUGAAGCUUGCCGAUUUCGGUGUCGCAGCUCAAUUAACAGACAUGAAAUCACAACGCAUGACCUUUGUUGGUACCCCCUUUUGGAUGGCCCCCGAGGUUAUCCAGGAGGCUGGAUAUGACUUCAAGGCAGACAUCUGGUCCCUCGGCAUCACCGCACUCGAAAUGGCCUGGGGUCAACCACCGCACGCGGGUACCCAUCCCAUGAAGGUGCUAUUCACUAUUCCCAAGAACCCUGCCCCACGUCUCGAGGGAGACCAAUGGAGCAAAGACUUCAAGGACUUCAUCGCUCAAUGUUUAAUCAAAGACCCUGAUCGACGAGCCAGUGCAAAGGAACUCCUUCGUCACAGAUUCAUUCAGCGAGCCGGCAAAGUGGAAGCAUUGAGGGAGCUUAUCGAGCGCAAACAGAUGUAUGAUGCGCAGGAGGAGAACGCAGCCCAUCCCAGCUAUUACCAGGAGACUAUGGUUGACUUAUCCCCGAAAGCCGAUCAAGAUGAGUGGGUAUUCACCAUCAAGCCAGCUACUGUCGCUCCUCCCAGGCCUGCCACGAGGAGGAGGAAGGCGGCGCGCAUACCAUCCACCGACUCGGCCGCCGUUGCUUCCAUGAUGCAGCGUAUGGAUCUCAAUGCUGCCCCUCUUGGAACGCCCACGGAUUCUCCAGCUCCAGAGCCCCGUCGCCGUCAAGCGUCGUCCAGGAACUCGUCGACCGGAACGGCCAUUCGAGUCGCUUCUGGGUCUACUCCAACUGCUCGCCGCGUUAGCCAAAUGCCGAAGCAACCGCUAGGUAUUGACCUUUCAUUCGGCAACUCGCCAUCCACUGUCAGACAUUUCAAAAGGGUGCCUUCAGGAGAACGCAGGGCUGCUCUGGCCUCAAACCCGCCCAAUAAUUCCUUCCACCCCAAUCCUCAAGCGCGGACUUUCCGACCAUCCCCACCCAACUCGGCUCACCCACUUGACUUGAACAAUGAGAACGCACCGCCUUCGGAACAGCCUCCAGCCGCUAUUACAAAGGACGCGCUCUACGGUCGCCGAGCAUACAGUAAGGUGCUGGACAACGUCUUCCAGGAGGCGCACUCGGAUUGUGCGUCGCCUCAUCAGAGAGAGGCAAUGAGCCGCGUUGCACAGGCAUGGGAGCAUCUCGACCAGGUUGACCCACAUGGCGAGUUCCUACUUCUGAAGGCCAUGGUAGACCGAUUACAAGGUGACGCCAAAUUAGCCUCCGCUUUGGGUAUUGCCGUGACACCAGUGCUCCCAACAAGCCCAGUCAAACAACACAAUACCAAUACCAGUGAUACGAGCCUCAGCGGCACCACCGUACAUGGCACUGGCACGACUCGUAUUCGAUCCCACACGACCGCUGCCGCUGCCGGUUCAGUGUCGAAGCCUUCGCAUGAACUGUCAACACCCAUUGCGACGCCUGACCAUACACCUUUGUCGACACCAAACGGUACAGCUUCCUCAUCGCCUCUCAAAGGUGCCAAACUCGUGCUUGCUCAUAACAAUCCACAUCUAAAAUCUCAUCGUCGCCGUCAGAGCGCGAUUGGGAGCGAAAAGAUGUGGGGUACGGACAAGCUGGGAGAUAUCGAUGAGAAGAAACUGCCAGGACAUUUUGAAAAGGGCAUGGAGCAGCAAGGUCUCCUCGCAGACAUACUGUAUGGACAAUGGAUCGGCGGUUUGCGCAAUCGUUGGCCGAUGACCUAGGACCUGCUCCGAAUCCUUUCGAUGAUCCCCUUUCCAUCGAUGCUAGGACAUACUGAUGUUUUUACAUGGCCAUCCCACUAUACCUUCUUGUAUCUUCUU